AUGCCAUUAAUGGCUGCCUUCGCAAAGAUGGCCGUGGAGUGUCUCCAGGACCCACUGGUCUGGCUGUUCCUCGUCUCGGUGGCCUUGGCCACCCUGCGGAGACGGAGACGGCGGGGCUACGCGCCGUUCCCUCCGGGCCCGAAGCCGCUGCCCAUCGUCGGUAACAUGACGCUGGUGAACCAGCUGACGCACCGCGGGCUGGUGGCGCUGGCGGAGAAGUACGGCGGGCUGCUGCACCUCCGCCUCGGCUGCCUCCACGUGGUGGCGGUGUCGACGCCGGAGCACGCGCGGGAGGUCCUGCAGGCGCGUGACGGCGCCUUCUCGAACCGCCCGGCCACCGCCGCCAACGUUUACCUCACCUACGGCCGCUCCGACCUGGCGUUCGCGGACGGCGGCGCCCACGUGCGCGAGAUGCGCAGGCUCUGCGCCACAACCCUCUUCAGCCGGCGCCGCGCCGAGACGUGGCUCGCCGUGCGCGACGGGUACGGGGCGCUGGCCCGCGACGUGGGCAGGCGCAGCGGCCAGGCCGUGAACCUAGGCGAGCUCAUCUUCAACCACACCGUGGGCGUCAUCUUCCGCGCUGCCUUCAGCGCCGGCGACGAGGGACUGGACGAGUUCGUCGUCAUCCUCCGGGUGUUCUCCAAGAUCUUAGGCGAGUUCCACGCCGGCGACUACUUCCCGUGGCUCCGGUGGACGGCCCGGCUGGGCUUCAACCGCCGCCUCCACGCAGCGCGCAGCGCCGUCGACAAGUUUACCGACAAGAUAAUCGACGACCACGUGAGGAGAGGGAAGAACCCCGCCGAUGCCGACGCCGACUUGGUAGAUGGCCUGCUCGCUUUCCUCGCCGACGCGAACCUAUCCAAAGGGAAGGACGCCCUCCACUUCACCCGCGACAACGUCAAGGCCAUGAUCAUGCAGGAGCUGGCUGACGUGGUGGGGCUCGACCGCAUGGUGGAUGACUCAGACCUCGACAAGCUCCCCUUCCUAGGAUGCAUCGUCAAAGAGACGUUCCGCAUGCACCCGCCCAUUCCGACGCUUCUCCACGCGGCUGCUAAAAACUGUGUACUCGGAGGUUACUCGGUCCCUAAAGGCUCGCGAAUAAUAAUCAAUAUGUGGGCAAUCAAUCGUUACCCCGAGGCCUGGAAGGACGGCGACGCCUUCCGGCCGACGCGGUUCAUGCCAGGUGAGGGGGACGCUGUCGGGCAGGACCUCAAGGGCGGCUCCUUCGAGUUCCUACCCUUCGGGUCUGGACGACGCUCGUGUCCAGCACAGGGAUUCGGUCAUCAUGCAGUGCAAUUGGCUGUCGCAUACCUCGCCCAUGGGUUCAACUGGGAGCUACCCGACGGUAUGAGUCCGGCGGAGCUUGACAUGGGUGACAUGCCCGGCAUCACUGGACCGCGCGCCGCGCACCUCUACGCCGUGCCCACGUCCCGACUCAACUGCACGUUGUAA